AUGUCUGUACUAAGCACAUCGACAAGAAACCUAUUGGAGAGAAACGCCUUCAAAUAUUCUUCAAAGAAUAACUCUCCUAUUGCAUCUUUGGUUGCUACUCGUCCUUACAGUAAUGCCGAAAAGACUCUAAAAGAGAGAUUUGCAGAAAUCAUUCCAGGUAAAGUUGAUGAGAUUAAACAAUUGAAGAAAGAACAUGGCGACACUGUGAUUGAUCAAGUCAAAUUAAACCAGGCUUAUGGUGGUAUGCGUGGUAUCAAAGGGUUAGUUUGGGAAGGUUCUGUGUUGGAUCCAGAAGAAGGUAUCAGAUUCAGAGGUCGUACCAUCCCAGAUAUCCAAAGAGAACUACCAAAAGCUGCUAACAGUGAUGAACCAUUGCCAGAAGCUUUGUUUUGGUUGCUUUUGACUGGCGAAGUUCCUUCAGAGGCCCAAGUCAAAGCCUUCUCUGCUGAUUUGGCUUCAAGAUCAGAGCUUCCAGAGUACGUGAUUUCGCUUUUGGAUAACUUACCAAAGGAUUUGCAUCCAAUGGCUCAAUUCUCUAUCGCUGUCACUGCUUUGGAGAGUGAAUCCAAAUUCGCAAAGGCUUACGCCCAGGGUGUUGCCAAGAAGGAUUACUGGAAUUACACUUUCGAAGAUUCUUUGGAUCUAUUGGGUAAAUUGCCUGUCAUUGCAUCCAAGAUUUACCGUAACGUCUUCAAGGACGGUAAAGUCAGCCAGGUUGAUCCAAAUGCCGAUUAUGGUAAGAACUUGGCUCAACUAUUGGGCUACCAAAACAAAGAUUUUGUGGAGUUGAUGAGAUUGUAUUUGACUAUCCAUUCGGAUCACGAAGGUGGUAACGUCUCUGCUCACACUACUCAUUUGGUUGGAUCUGCUCUGUCUUCUCCUUAUUUAUCCCUUGCCGCUGGUUUGAACGGUUUGGCUGGUCCACUUCACGGCCGUGCUAACCAAGAAGUGUUGGAAUGGUUGUUCAAAUUGAGAGAAGAAGUUAACGGUGAUUACUCUAAGGAAACUAUCGAGAAAUACUUGUGGGAUACUUUGAACUCCGGUAGAGUGGUUCCAGGUUACGGUCACGCUGUUCUAAGAAAGACUGACCCACGUUACACUGCUCAAAGAGAAUUCGCUCUAAAACAUUUCCCAGAUUACGAGCUAUUCAAGCUAGUUUCUACCAUAUAUGAAGUGGCACCAGGUGUAUUGACAAAACAAGGUAAGACUAAGAACCCAUGGCCAAAUGUGGACUCUCAUUCCGGUGUUCUAUUGCAAUACUACGGUUUGACCGAGGCUUCUUUCUACACAGUAUUGUUCGGUGUCUCCAGAGCUUUUGGUGUAUUGCCACAAUUGAUCAUCGACAGAGCCGUUGGUGCUUCCAUCGAAAGACCAAAAUCUUUCUCCACUGAAAAAUAUAUUCAACUGGUUAAGAGUAUUAACGCUAACAAAUAA